AUGGCCUUGACCAAUUAUUUCUCUUCUCAGGAUCUCUAUAAAAACGUCUUACGAAGUGGCAACUCUCAAGAGAGCCAUUUUGUGUCUGGGCCAUCUUCCAAUUUUAUCGCUGGUGGCGCAGCUGGUUGUACAACAUUGGUCAUCAUCUACCCACUUGAUAUUGCACAUACCCGCCUCGCUUCUGAUCUUGGAAGACUUGAGGCUCGUCAGUUCCAAGGCAUCUCUCAUUUCCUGAGUACCAUAUACAAGAAAGAUGGAAUCCGAGGAAUUUACAGGGGCCUUCCUGCAUCUCUUCACGGGAUGGUUAUUCACCGGAGCCUUUACUUCGGAGGUUUUGAUACCAUAAAAGAGAUGAUGUCAGAAGAAUCUAAACCGGAGGUGGCAUUAUGGAAGCGUUGGGUGGCAGCUCAGGCGGCCACAACAUCUGCUGGAUUGGUUUCAUAUCCACUGGAUACAGUUAGGAGGCGGAUCAUGAUGCAAUCUGGCUUAGACCUGCCAAUGUACAGAAGCACCCUUGAUUGCUGGAGAAAGAUUUAUCAGACGGAGGGUGUGGCUUCAUUUUACCACGGGGCCCUUUCAAAUGCGUUUAGGAGUAUUGGUGCUGCUGCCAUAUUGGUUUUGUAUGAUGAGGUGAAAAAGUUUAUGAAUUAGGGUGGAUUGUAGAAGAAAUUUUUUUCAUUUUUUUUUUCAUUUUUUCAAUACAUUGACUCAGCUAAAGGAUUUAGAGUAGGAUAAGGAAAUGAUAGAGAAACUGAAAUCUUUUUGCUACACAAACGAGGGCAAUAGAGUUGAUAUGUGAUGUGUAUCUAUAGAUGAGGAUGGCCCAUUUGCCACGAACCUUUUUGAGGCUCUGGAGAUUACUCCCUGAUUUUUUUGUUGACAAAUGGAAGUACAGAAACUAGUUGGAAUUCUAUUAUGAAUGUUGAUCAUCAUAUCAUCCUUUUAUAAAAUUUUCUCAUUCCAAGAAUGAGGCAGAUGUGCUUGAUCCAGCAUAAUGGCAUUGUUUUUCUGUUUACAUCCCUUUUAAAACAGUGAUGAUUGUGUUUGUGAGACUUGUUGAAGGUUGAAUGCAUGCAGGCUGGUUGGAGGAACCAGACUUGUGAGUUCAUGUCCGCAGUAGAUUGGAUGUUGGUUCCUGUUGGAGUCAUACCACGGGGGCCUGAGCCGAGGAUUGGGGGAUGGCACAUUGCUAGGGAUUCGUGAGGUGCUCUAACACAGGAAGGUACUGUUUUUCUUUUUUUUUUCCCCUACUUCGGAUGUGUUUAGAUACAUAGAGAACUACAAUCGCUUUUGCUUUUGAGAGGGGUCCAGUGUAGCAAAUAGA